AUGAUUCACGAUCUCAUCGACCUUGACGGCGACAGUGCCUCUCUAAAGAGCACUACUAACGGCCUCGUCGGCAAGAUGACGCUUACAAACAAGGGCGUAGAGUCAACUCAUCGUGACAGCUUCUCCGACCUUGCAAGUAUGAUGAGGGCUAAGAAGCUGUAUACACCGAUUUCGACGCCUGCGCCACCUCCGCAGCCGCUCACUGUCGCGCCCAAUGGCCCUCGUUUUGCCAGUCGUGUCCAGUCUGGCACCAGCAUUUUUUCUCCGUUGGCAAGGUCGUUUCAGCCUACCGAAUCCGUCGCUUCGUUCCUCCAGGAACAAGAGCUCGCGGCACCACCACUUGUCGCCUCCGGGCCGAUCUCAGAGUACCGUCCAGAGAACAUGAGACACUUAGAAGCUUUGGCCGAGGCAAUUAUCAGCUACAAAAGCGACGACGAUAGCAAAUGCCAUCAUCAUCGUUGUAGGCGUUCACCAUCACCACUAUGCAAGCAGCCGCUCCUCAUCUCAGGCCUUGAGCUACCGGCAGGUGUGGGACCCACCCAUCCACCCACCCCCACUGAAUCGCUCCAGUACUCAUCAUCAGGCUUUCGAUCCGAUCAAGAAGCCGUUGUACGGGUGACUAAGCAGAACUGGGAGUCCUUGGGCAAAGAGCUUAACACGAUCAAGAAGCAGAAGCUGGAGCUAGAGAGUCAACUUUCGACCCUCGAAACAAACAACGCAGUCCUUCGAGACGUUGAUCACGAUAUUAGCGUGCGGCUCGGCAAACUCAAAUACCAGAACGAAGCUAACAAGGCUCAGAAGGCAGCAAUGGGUCGAUCAUUGUCUGAGAGAGAGAUGAAGAUCAAGACCCAACAGCUUGAGAUUGACGAGUUGGAAGGACAUGUGAAGACGACAGAGAACGCUCUUUCCGCAAAAGACCACGAGCUGGAGAACCUCAGGCAGAAAAUGAAAGAGAGUGAACGUACCAUCGACCGGGUGACUCGCGAACGGGACGAGGCAUCCCGCGCUCUGGCGAACUCCGCUGAUCACCUCGAACGAGCCCGCAAACUAGCCGACACUCUGACUCAGCGAGAGAAGCUCAUAACCGAUCUACGCUACCAGGUCAUGGCUGAACAGCUCAAGGUCGCUGGGUUAGAAGAUGAUCUUGAGGCCGCCCAGGCAAAGAGCAAUCAAGCCGAUAUCGAUGGUAUCAAGAGCAAGCUUAUUGAGAAAACCAGUACUUGCGAUCGCCAGCGGAACCAGCUCAAAAUGAUUGAGGCACAACUCAGCCAGAGCCAAAGUCGUUUGAUAAGAUCACCAACCAUGGCGAGUCUCUCCGUGGCGCUGCGCACGUAG